UUCCCGCAUCCAUCCGUCUGCUCCUGUGUCUUUCUGUCCAUCUGAACGCGCGCUGCAGGAGCAGCCAAGAGAUUGAAGCCGGGUGGCAUGGCAGAGAGCACAGAUGUAGCUGGGCUGCAGGAGAGCUUCCGCAAGUUUGCCAUCCACGGUGACCCUAAGGCAAGUGGGCAAGAGAUGAAUGGCAAGAACUGGGCCAAGCUCUGCAAAGACUGCAAGGUGGCUGAUGGAAAGGCUGUGACAGGGACCGACGUUGACAUCGUCUUCUCCAAAGUCAAGGGGAAGUCAGCUCGGGUCAUCAACUAUGAGGAGUUCAAGAAGGCCCUGGAAGAGCUGGCCCCCAAGCGGUUCAAGGGAAAGAGCAAGGAGGAGGCCUUUGAUGCUAUCUGUCAGCUGGUGGCAGGCAAGGAACCAGCCAACUUAGGUGUCACUAAAGCAAAAACAGGGGGUGCUGUGGAACGGCUGACUGAUACCAGCAAGUACACUGGCUCCCACAAAGAGCGCUUCGAUGAGAGCGGCAAGGGCAAGGGAAUUGCUGGACGGCAGGACAUCCUGGACGACAGUGGCUACGUGAGUGCCUACAAGAAUGCAGGCACCUACGAUGCUAAGGUGAAGAAGUGAGGCCUGGGAAAGUCUCAGUGCGGCUGCCUCUGCCAGGGGCUCAGGCCUGGGCUUAUGGGGUACAUGGAGCAAGAAAGCCUGGUUCCUUCCCUGCUGGACCUGCCACCCAGACUUCCUGGCCAGCCCCACAGGGCCAGCCCAACAGGCCUCUGACCCAGACUUCUCUGCAUCCCCUUCCUCCUCCUCAUGCCUUCCCGACUUCUCUCUGUCUGGGAAGUCUGUGCCUAUAACCUCACCACCCCAGCCUAACCCAGGCAUGGCUGACCCCUGCCUGCUUGCCUCAUAUUUAAGCUGCUGCUCUGGCCAAGUGCCUAAUUUGUACCCAGACCUCAAUAAAGACACCUUUUGUAUCA